CCCAGCCGGUCUCCUUCACAUCAGCCUGCUUCUCCAAGAGUAUCACGCGCAUCAAAUCGCUUUUCAUUGCCGCCGUGAUUUUUGGGAAGCGGCUGGGGGGAGGAUGGAUGCAUUUUUACGUCAUUUUUUAUUUUGAAUUUUCAUAUUGUAGGGUGGGGGUGGGGGGGGUUGCCACACUGUGUUAAUUGUUUCAUAAUACGUGCUUCGCCGCAGGGUCUGCGCGGCUUUGCACCAACCCAGAUCAAGUUCCACUAGUUGAAAGGUUGGUGGAGGAAGAGGAGGAGGAGGAAGAGGAGGACACCUCCUGCAAACCGCGGAGCUGCAAAAAGAGGAUUUUUUUUUCUUUUUUCGAGGGGGGGAAUGCAGCUGAAUUAGAAAGAGAUGCGUGAAUAAACUGGUGCGAGGAGAGAAAAGAGAGGAGGAGGGGGGAGUCGGCGCUUCUCCUUCGUCAGUGGAUGAAAGUCACAGUUAAAAUGCAGGCGGCGGGUGCUCCGUGAUGUGGGAUUACCUGCUUCUUCUUCUUCUUGGCCAUGUUUGAACUUUGGUUCUGGCUCUUUUUCCGAGAUGACAGCGCUAAUUUCAGGCGGAGCAGCGACGGCGGAGCCAGCGUCGCCGCGGCGCUGGCGUGACCACUGAGACGGGGCUCGUGCGCUCUGCCGGUGCCAGAUUUAUGGAGCUACACACAGAGGAGACUUGACUUUUCAUUUUCUUUUUCAUUUCCCUUCAAUUUCUUUUCUUUUUUUCCUUUCUUUUAUUCUUAUUUUACCGCUACAGCGGCAGAAACGGUUGAUGUUUUCAGUGAGAUUGGACUGAAAAGUCGGGAUGCUUUGGCGUGGAUCGGCACGAUGACACCUUACCUUACUUGAGUGAGCUGGGGCACCCUCUCCCAGGAAAAAUGCAUAUCUGGAUCCUAAAAAUAAUCCUUCUGAUUGCAUCAUCUCUGAGGCUGGUUGAGAUGUAUGACAAUUAUGGGGAGAUAUGCCGGAACCUGUGCACGUGCGAGGAGAAGGAAGGGGUCCUGAUGGUGAGCUGCGAGAACCGGGGCAUCAUCAGGCUGACAGAGAUCAGCCCGGUUCGUUUCCCCAUGUACCACCUCCUGCUGACGGGGAACCUCCUGAAGAAGCUGUCGGUCAAUGAUUUCAUCAACUAUACCGGCGUGACCAUCCUGCACUUGGGGAACAACGACAUCUCCGAGAUAGAGUCAGGUGCCUUCAACGGACUGCAGGGAUUAAAAAGAUUGCACCUGAAUAACAAUAAGAUUGAAAUUCUGAGGGAUGACACUUUCGCGGGACUGGAAAGUUUGGAAUAUCUACAGAUUGACUAUAAUUACGUUAGCAUUAUAGAGCCUAAUGCCUUGAGCAGACUGCACCAACUAACAGUGAUGAUUUUGAAUGAUAACCUACUCUCUUCCCUCCCUCCCAAUAUCUUCCGGAACGUACCCCUCACACACUUGGACCUGAGGGGGAACCGGUUGAAAAUGUUCCCCUACAUUGGCCUCCUGGAGCACAUGGACAAGGUUGUGGAAUUACAGCUGGAGGAGAAUCCGUGGAAUUGCUCCUGCGAACUCAUCGCUCUGAAAGCCUGGCUGGAGAGUAUAGCGUACACCGCUCUAGUGGGCGAGGUGGUGUGUGAGACGCCGUUCAGGCUCCACGGUAGGGAUUUGGACGAGGUGUCCAAGCAGGAGCUGUGCCCACGACGACCCUUGGAAGAUUCGGUCAGGCCUGCGCCCCCAAGCAGCACCAAUGGAUACUACCAGACCACGCCAGCUGCUGUCACAGCCUCUGCCACCUCCUCAACGGUUUAUAAGUUCUCUUCUAGGCCUACCAAGGGCACACGGCAAGUCAACAGAACUAAAUUAAAGCCAACUUCUCGAUUUCCUGGCGGUAACCCAUACAACUAUGGCCCCAUCAUUGCUUUUCAGACCAAAUCUCCUGUGCCUUUGGACUGCCCCACUGCCUGCACAUGUAAUCUGCAGAUUUCUGAAAUUGGGUUAAAUGUAAACUGCCAAGAGAGAAAGAUUGAGAGCAUUUCUGAUCUAAAACCCAAGCCAUACAAUCCUAAGAAAAUGUAUCUCACUGGAAAUUACAUCCCUGUAGUGAGGAGGUCAGAUUUUGUCGAUGCUACCGGAUUGGAUUUGCUUCACCUGGGAAACAACAGGAUAACUGUGAUCCAUGACAGGGCUUUUGGGGAUUUAACCAACCUACGUAGGCUGUAUUUAAAUGGUAAUCUCAUGGACAGCCUUACUGGAGAGAUGUUUUAUGGCUUGCACAACUUGCAGUAUCUUUAUUUAGAGUACAACAAAAUCAAGGAGGUGGAUGCGGGUGCGUUCCGCUACCUCCCCAAUCUCCAGCUGCUUUUUCUCAACAACAACCUCCUUAAAACUUUACCCACAGGCAUCUUUUCAAGUCUUUCUAUUUCAAGGCUUAAUCUGCGCAACAACCAAUUCCAGAACCUGCCUGUGAGUGGUGUGUUAGAUCAGCUAAAAAUGUUGGUGCAAAUAGAUUUGUUUGAAAACCCCUGGAACUGCUCCUGUGACUUAGUUGGUAUGAAAAUAUGGCUGGAGCAGCUCAGCGCAGGCACUGUGGUGAAUGAGGUGGUAUGUGAGACCCCUAAGCGCCACACAGCAAUGGACCUGCGAUCGAUCCCAUCAGAUCAGCUCUGCCCAGACUACUCUGACACUUCCGUCUCACUGACUCCCCCAACGGACGAGCCCAUGGACGACCAUGGUGUCACCACAAAUGCUCCACAGAGGUUUAACACCCCUAACAGUACUGUCCCCCUGUCUGUCCUCAUCCUCAGCCUCCUGCUUGUGUUCAUCAUGUCCGUCUUUGUGGCUGCGGGGCUUUUUGUGGUAGUGAUGAAAAGGCGCAAAAAGUCGCAGAGUGACCGCACUAGUACCAACAACUCAGAUGUCAGCUCUUUCAAUUUGCAAUAUAGCCUCUACAGCAACCGCUCUGGCCCUAAGGUUAAAGCCCCGGCUGGUCACGUCUACGAGUACAUUCCCCAUCCAAUGGGUCACAUGUGCAAAAAUCCCAUUUAUAGGUCACGGGAAGGGAACACGGUGGAGGAUUACCGUGACCUGCACGAGCUCAAGGUGACGUACAGGAGUACCCCAGACGAUGAGAGGGACAGUAACACCAUGAGGAGCCCUACGUACAGCGUUAGCACUAUUGAGCCACGUGAAAACCCCUCCCCUGUCCAGGACGCAGACAACUUCUUCAGGGGCAUACUUGAGCCUGAUAAGCAGUCCCCUCAUCAAUCUAUUCCAUCCAUCCCAGCAGGAGGCAACUUAGAGUACAAGUACACCGGGCCUGUUUCGUACACGUACAACCCAAACUUUGAUGUCAGACGCCAGUUUUUGCACCCGGAGAGGAUAAGAGAAACUGUGCUCUACGGCACAGCGCCCAGUACUGUUUAUGUGGAGCCCACCAGGAACGAGUAUUUGGAACUUAAAGCUAAACUGCAAUCUGAGCCCGAUUACCUUGAAGUUCUUGAGAAACAGACCACCUUUAGCCAGUUCUGAGCAGACAACUCAACUUUUUCUCUCUAGAUGCCCCCUGGAAAGAGCGGCUCAGUUCAUUGGGUGCUUUGGCACGACAAUACGAGCAACGAAAGGAGUUAUCGAGACGGGGUGUGCCGAACAAUCUCAUUUAGCGAAAGGGUGACAUUGCAGGAAUGGAUACAUCCUCCUGGGUCUCGGAAGCGCAAAGUUGCUCCACUUUAACUGAUGAUGCAAAUUUUAUUUUUCUAUGAUAAAGAUGGAAUAAGACACAAAAAUGUAGGUGUACAGGUUAAUCCUACUCAGCUUCAUUUUCAGGAAUAUAACGAUGCAUAAAUUGUGAAUCAGAAGAGAAACGUUUAUAAGAAAAAGAAAAAUCACUUCUGGACAAGCAAAACACUGUACAGCAGAUCAUCAAAACUGUGUAGGACUGGUUUCUGCUGUAGUCUGUAAGUAAAUAUUUAUUGAUAUAAUCUGCCAUGUCUUUUCAAAACUUUUGAUUCUACAACAAUAUUAUCUGUGUCUUCAUAUGCCAUGACCCCCCCCGCCCGGACAGGCUUAUGUUUGUAGUUUCAUUUACUGUAGCUCUGCAUUGUUAAAGUGGCUUUUUUUUCUGAAAGUGGCACACCUCUAAUGUUCAAAACAAGACUGCAUCAUUUGAAGAAGAUGAGAAAAAAAAAGAAGAAAAGAAUUCAAAGUGUCUUUGUAUGCUUUCUGCACUUUUUUGGAAUUGGAAGGCGAGUUCAUUGAGCUCUCAUAAAAAGACAUUAUUAUAUUAAAAAUGAAUAUGGGUAUUCAUUCUUAAUAUGUAGAGUCGAGAAUUCAGAGAUGAUGUUUGACAUAUUCAUUCUGUUGUGUAAAACGGAUAUUUUAAUUAAUGUAACACCUAUUUUUAUACAAGCAUUGGCAGAUCCUCUAUCCCUUCUUAGUUUUUGUUUGGAUUGAUUGCACUUCUUGCACUAUAUUGACCAAACUAUGUUAUUGUCAUCAAAUAAACAUGAUGUCAGGUUCAUAUAAUUUUUGGGAAGCAAACUCUGUUGGUGUUGAGAUGAUUCAGACCUUUUAACACCGAAAGCUGUUUAUCUCUGCAAUCAAAUGACAAUGCUAAGGAGAGCAGAUGGUGUUAUGCAGUCCAUCAAGCCCGCUAAGGAUACAGUAUAGGCUUCACUCAAAGGGGCAGCUGGUGUCUCCUAAAGGAUUGGGAUCAAUGGGAUCCAAUCAAUGAGUGUUAUCCCUUUGCAAUUAUACCAUGACAACUGCAUCCACAUUACUGCCUGGCAAGCGUUGAGCUCCACUUUAUAAACAUCAAUGGAGCUGACUAAGAAGCAGAUACUGUUGGACUUCUCCAACAAAGUCGUUGAGGUGUAUAAACUUUGAGAGGGAGCAAUGUCUGUGUUUUUGGCCAAUCUUUUUAUGGAUCUAAAUCAAAUAUUUAUCAAAAAUGCAUUCCGAAGAUCAAAUGAUACUAUCAUCUAUAACCAUAUCAUGUCGGACCUGCAAAGUCUGUCUUUUUUUGGGUUAAUAAACUCUGAGUGCAGUCUGGCGAGUUCUGGUCUACACCUACCAAAACCUGAUUCAUGAACGCAUGAGCCUGCCCAAUCAGCCUAAUGCAAAUCACAAUGGUCACCCAAGCUGCUACGAAAGGUCAAAAUAACGUCUUUUCAACAAAAACAGCUAGUGCUGGAAGAAUUGUGGUAGUGCAAACCCUUUGUUUUAAGAUUUGACAGCCAUUAUUCGACGGUAACAAAGAGUUCUCUCCAUCCCUGGUGUUACCCAGAGAAUUGGGUGUUUAAAAUGGUGGAAUCUGUGGAGUUGAGGCCCAAACUGACGGAGAGUUCUUAGGGGUUAAAAGCCGUGCUUUGGGGGCUGAGAGUUCUUUUCUUUAAACUCUAUAAUGGACACGAAUGAGGCUUUAAGUCAAGAACAUGCGUCUUCAGAGUUGUUGUUUUCCUAGCUUGACCCACUUAAAGCGGCCCCAUAAAAAUGCAAAAGACGCACGCAGUGCCUCCAUUUUCAGAGCGCAGCGAGCAUCACCAUUUAGGAAUCCAAUGUUCCCUAACGGAGACAGACGGGACCUCCUUCCCGCAGAAGAAAUCUGUUGCUCAAUUAUUAGCUUCGUGAAUUCAUAUAUUCUAUUGUGCUGUAGUCAAAAAUCUUCUUUAGUAACUGUUUUUUGUUGUUGCAAUUUUUCCAGAGACUCUUGGAGUUUCGUUGUUCUGCAGAAUGAGAGCAGAAGGCACCAUUUGGGAGAUGAGAAGCCCUGGAACUCAGUGUAACUGUGGAUGUGUCAAACGUGUAGCGGGCAGAUUUGUAGCCAAGAAGCGUGUGGUGCUGCUGCGUUAGCGGCUGGUGGCGAGGUUUCUUUUUAUGACGUUAAGUUUCUUUAUUUCUUUCUGAUGCCUGUAAUGAAAAGUUAUUUGGGGGGAGAUGCACCUGAGCAGGGCGAUGAUAAAUGCUGAGAAAUGUGGCGCAGAUGGUGACAGUGCUUCAUCAUUAUUAUUUUAUUUCCUCGAAUGCUGUGUUUUUCUGGAUGAUUAGACUUGGAUCACACAUGAGAAGGAAAAAAAAAA